CUCCACAUCAUGUCGCUACAUGAGCACUUGGCCGACUGGACAGACGACCCCCUCGUGUCGGCCUCGUUCGCCCCCCAUCGUCGACGUCACGAUGGGCCGUCCGACUUGCCGCCACUGCCCCAUGCCGCGACGAUCGACCUCGACUACGCCGCCAAGCCGAGCGUCAACGUCGACGUGUCGUUGGGUGCGCAUAUUCGCGAUACGCUGCUAGACUUGUACGCGGCAACGGUGAUCUUCGUCACGCAUCUCAUGGGGUUCGAAAGUGUCCUCGUGCUGCUGGUGUCUGUCGGGGCCACAUCGGGGUACUACUACAUGUCUGGCACACCGUCUACCACAGAUCCGUCGUCGCCGACAACGACGCAUCGCUUCAGCGCCAACCUGUCUUGGAUCCUCAUCACGUUUGCUGUCGUGUCGCCCAUGAUCAUGCAGAUCAAGCAAGCGUUUCUCCGCCGUGAAAACGCGCUCGACAACCUCGCCGACCUCAAAGCCAUCGCGUCCAACGUGUUGCUUGCUAACGUCACGUGGAACUGGGGCGACAAUCACCGCGCGAAGCUGCCGCCCGGACACAACCCCCGCGCCAAGUUGCUCCUACGAGGCCUCAUGAGCGACUUGUACUCGCUGCUCAAGUUGCCGACAUUCACCCGCGGACGGCAUCGACUAACCACUCGGGGAAUGGACUUGGCCGUGCAGUACCAGUGGCACGUCGAUGCGAUCCUUGAGCGCAUGAUGGUGACGAUUCAGCAGCUCCACAUGCAAGUGGAACGGAUGAAGGCGCUGGGGCUACCUCCAAACGAAGCGUCGCGCAUCAACCAGUACCAUUGGUUUCUCCAAGCCCGCAUCGAACGGCUGUGCAACAUCAAGAUGUACCGGACACCGCAAGCCACGCGGUCGUUCACGCGGCUGUUCAUUUUGAUCUUGCCCUUCUUCUAUGGCCCGUACUACAUCUACCUGAUCGAUUCGGGAGAUGGCCAGACGAGCUUUGCGUUUGCGCUCGUGCUCAGCGCCAUGACCAGCAUCACCAUGAUUGGUAUCUUCAAUGUCGAAAAGGCGCUGGAAGAUCCGUUCACGGAGGAAGGCCUCGACGGCGUCCAGAUCGACGUUGCCAUUCACCGCAUCUUCAAUGCCUUUGAUGCUAUCUACCCCACGUCAUAGUAGUGUGUUCCUGUCAGCAUACUAGUCAGCAUAAACCAAUGUACAAUAGACCCCGAGAAUCUGGCCCCCGUUGUUUCUUACGUGGCUAUGUAAGGGGUGGUCGUGACGUGGC